UUCAAACUUUAAAAUUUGUCGUUUUCCGCCAGUUGGUUGAAGGGCACGCGACGUAGAGCGCAUUGCGACCCAUGCGGAUUUUUUGCUAAGGUACCUCCUUGUUACCUGGCAGCUCUUUUUUGUCCCUCUCUCCCUCUUUUUUUUUCUCCUCGUUUUGUCACUUGGGUACCUACUUUUCCUACUUCGUACUCCUUAGUGGUGCAAAGAGAGCUUAAACCCGCGCCCCCACCAGGUGCUCCAUCGUCGCUCUCGUUCUCGCCCUCACCCUGUCUGCUGCCCCCCUGCAUUGACGCUUCUUCUCCAAAGAAAAAGAACAUCAAACCCUUUUUCUGGUCCGGUCCCUCGACCUGUCAAGAUUCCUUCAAGUCAGCCUUGUCAGCCUUCAAAAAGAAAGAUCCGAAAGGAACGUCAACAGCCAGACCAGUGCUCUCUCUAAAAGUCUCUUGAUGAGACAGAGUUUGUGGCGCGACCAAAACUCGACGUCGAAUUGCUUGGGGCUGUAACCCGCUUUCCGCCGCCGUCUCUCAGAGCCGCCUGCGAGUCCCGCGGCAGGCUGUCUGAUCGAUCGAUCCUUGGCAUUCAAUUUUCUGGACAGCGCUCUUCGGCAGCAUCGCAACACCACCAUAACAUAACCAUCACACUUGGUCUUUAUUCAACACCAAGUAUAGUCUUUACUGCGCUACGAUUGGAGCACAUCCAGUCACCCGUCUUACCAACUUUAAAAAAAAAGGGAUUUUUCGUACCAUUCGACGAACUUGCGACCAUGCCGUGUAUACUCCCUUAAAAGUUGAGAGUUGCGCGCCUUGGGCUGCCCAGCAACCCAAUCCCGAACUUUCCGCAACUGAGGCUCCAUUCAUCCGACUAGCAUCAUUUCCAUCUCCCUCUAUCCCUUCAACUGGACAGACUUUUUAUAUUUCUUUUCUCUCCCUCUCUCUCAUCUUCUGUUUCACUUUGCAACGACUUGACGUUUUCUUCCCAAUUUCCAAGUUUCCGGUUCUCUCACAGAAUCCUGGAUACUGCCCCGCCCACCGGUAGCACUUCACCAAUAAGACACUGAGACAGUGAGUCUCAGGUCGUCCAGUCGCAAAAAUGGCUGCUUCAGGAAGCAGUAACAGCAGUACACGGACCAUGCAGUCACGUACUGGGAGGAGCAAGCAACGAUAUAACAGCAAGGGCGAACGCCUGGUUGCUGGUGUAGUGGCACUUUCAGAAGACAAAGAGUACGUGCUGCUCACUCAGUCAACUCGCCGGAAGGGUUGGGUAUUGCCCAAAGGUGGCUGGGAGACGGACGAAGAAUGCACCGAGGCCGCGGAGCGUGAAGCCUGGGAGGAGGCUGGAAUUGUCGUCACCAUCGACUACGACCUUGGCCAGAUCGAGGAGACUAGGGUUAAAACCUCGUCUAAAUCUGGCAAGUCUGGCAAGCGCGAGAAAGCCAUCUACCACUUCUACGAGGCGACCGUCACAAGCGAAGAGCAGGAGUGGCCCGAGAAGGACAAGCGCCAGCGCAAGUGGAUGACGUUUGUCGACGCUUGGGAAUCCCUCAAAGAUAGGCCCGAGCUUCAGGAGGCCCUGAACCGGUCAACCAUGAAGAGAUAGGCCUAUCAUCACGGUAUCAGACAUGGAGGUGGUUUACAUGCGUGACUCCCUUGCGCCUUAUAUGGAACGACCGGACGACCGACCGCACAACUCUCUAUUAUCACUACUAGUUCGAGUACUAGUACGAACCCGAGUUGAUACGACAGCACUGCGAGUGCUUGAUAUCACGCCUGAUAUUUUUUUUUCUUUUCUUUUAUUUCCACUACCACUUGCGAUCUCCUUGUCUUUCCACGAAUGUCGACAGGGCGAUUCCUGUGAACAGACAAGACCAACCCAAAAAUGUCCUGACUUUCCACCUCAGGAUAUGGAACACGGAAUCAGUGCCGUGUCUUCAAUGUUUUCAUCCGGUUGCACUUGAAAAUUGAGCAACUGCACAUAUAUCACCAUUGAAGGAGUUGUAGGCUGGGCAUGAUAGAUAUAUACGAGCGAAACACGUGAAAAAGAAUACUUGGGAAUGAUUGAGAACAAGCACGUGCUGCUUGAUUUGCUCUUCAGGUCCGAGUUAGACGGGCGACAAGCCCGAAUGGCAGGAUGUCAUUGAUAAGCUCCAGCCUAAUAAGCUGGUGCUAACUGUUUCUUGGAGACCCUCGGACGAAACAAUAUCGUCUGGGAGUUAUUUGUUUGCAUGAGAGUAACGCAUUGCUUUAGAUAGACGGGGUUAUCACAGGCAAGCAUGACUUAGAGAAAAGAAAAAGAAAAAAAGGUGGCUG